AUGGAAUGUCUGCGAAAAAGAGCUUUGGAGUUCAAAGUUCAGGUCCGUGAAAAAGAGUUACUACUUAGUCUAGACGCGGCUUUUGCCAGGAUAUUUGGCAGAUCUCGUUGCUACCAAACUGACAUUCCCAAAGUGACCUACUAUCUGGCGGAGAAUGCGGUUCAACUCUGCCUAUGCGUGAUCAUGAUCUUGGUGGGGCUCAAACUCAAGUCACACGUGUUCAGGUGUGAAUUUAGCUAUUUGCAGGUUAGCGACCCAGUCGUCUGUCUUACUGAGACGUCUGCUUGGUCUGAACGCCUUGUGAUUCGAGUUCCGAAGCCAGAGCCAGAGCCAGAGCCGAACGUCAAGUCACCUGAGCCCGAGUCUACCGACGGCGCCAAUCCUGUCCCGGAUGGCUCGUCCACGAACGAGCCUCCCAAUCAACCGACCAGCGGAGAAGUCGCCAAUAUUCCACCUUCAACACCGACAACUCCGGUCUGCGCAACAGCCCACAUGACAGCCCAACCAGGCCUCCUGUUGCCAUGGCCACAGGCCGAUCAGUCCGGCCACGGUCUGACGCCGUCUCAGGCCGCAGGCAUGGCAUUCGCCUACCUGCCGGCCUACUUGAUGAUCCAUCGGGUGGCCAACCUGAGGCCAGGCGAUGUGGUCUUGGUCUAUUCGGCCGGAGGAGGAGUGGCAAGCUUCUUUUAUGCCGGGACUCGCAUUGCUCUCCACUUGGGGCAAGAUCCAGUCUUGAUCGUGUAG